AUGUCCGAGGGCUCCUCUCACGACCCUUCGACCCCACAGCUUCCUCUGGAGGUCUCUGAACGGGUCAUCGACCACAUAGCAACCGGGGUGAAUAUCCAUUAUGUGGAUGUGAAGGAGGAGUCACACCUGUUAGCCCUCACAUCCUGCGCGCUCAUGUGCCGAGAUUGGUAUUUCCUGACGUGGUACCACCUGCGUCAACGCAUCCAUCUACGAGACCGGAAGGAUGUCCUCUUUCUCUCGAAGACGCUUCGCGAAAGGCCGCGCCUCCGCGAGGUCGUCCAGCAGGUCGUUUUAUCUGGCACGUCGCCGGGGGAACGUCAACCGACUCGGCAUCUGGGCACGUUUGCCGCCAUGCUUGUGGGCAAGGCUCCGAACAUCACAAGUAUCACCGUCAAAGAUGCGGAAUGGAGCACGGGCUCGGUCCGAAUGGAAGACAUCAGCUACCUAGCUGCGUUCAGCACAGUUCAUACUCUACACAUUGCUAAUGUCACCUUGUCGAAUGUCGCACAGCUGUCCCGCGUCGUUUCAGCACUCCCGGGGCUUAGGGACUUGUGGUGCAUCAAUGUCGGUUGUUUGCAGAAGCAGCAAGUCUCCCCGGUCUCUCUCCCGCUGAACUGUGCGAAUCUGGAGGGUCUCGAAGUGCUAUCGGUUGCACAAGCAGUCGAAGACCUCUUCGCACAGAUCAGCCGGGCUUCUCGAGUGCGCUGUCUCGCUCUUGGGGUGUACGGCGAGUUUGAUCCACCCUCGGCAACCAGUAGGAGCCAGACUCUGCUGGAUGCGAGUUCCACAUCUGCAACAACGGUUGCGCUCCAUAUUCAAGUUGAUCCCAGCCUUCCUGUUCGUGACGGCACAAUUGAAACCACAGUCGGAAAGUCUUCUGAGUUCUCUCUCGAGCCACUUGACUGA